AUGUCGAUGCUUUUAGCACCUUACAACAAUGGAAUGCGCCUUGGUCAAGGCUUCAACUCGUACACGCACUCUAUCUGCGUAGACGAUGCGGUCCUCAUUGAUCCCUCACGCGCCGAGAAUGUCCUCUCAAAUGAUGGAACGACCAUGCGAAUGCUUGCGCAGCGUAUGCACAAGGCGAGCGUCUGGCGUCAAAUGAGAGAGUACGUCGAAGACGGUACACCGACAGAGAUAAGCACGGAGCCUGCUGCCGAUGAAGAGAUUCCACAGCCUCAAAAUUACGAGGUACCGGAGGACGUCCCUGCGCAAGAGCCGGUUGAAUCUAGUGACACUUUGCCUGCUUCCGAUGGAACGGCUGAGGAGUCGGCUGUGGCCACACUCCCGGCUGGCGAGACGGCAGCUGAAGCUUCUGCUGAGAGCGCGGUCCCUGAUGCCUCCAGCGAGCCACUCACAGCUGCUGAUGUGCAAACCCAAAAGGAUGCGAGCACGGCAGAGGCUCGAGCGAGACAAGCGGAGCGCAACAAGCAGCUCGCGAAGGAUAUCACCGCAACCGGAAAAGCGAUGACAUCAUCUACCCUCAAGCCGGAUGGAGAGCUCCGAAAAAAGGCCGAGGCAUUCGACAAGGUCCAAAAGGGCCGAGAUGGAGGUCUGUUGCGGGACGACUCGGGGCCUGCCGGCAAAGCCUGGUCCGUUGAGAAGAGCAGAGGAACAAGCCAGAUCGUCAGCUAUCGUGCUCAAUUCAUCAACAAACUGAGUGAAGUGGCAGACGAUAUGAAUGUCAGUGCAGCUCUGAGCGUCAAGACGGAUAGUUUUGGACUCUCUGGGCGUGGAUCAUUUGUCAACACGGACAAGUUUCACAAUUCCGACAUCAAAUUCUACCUGAGUGUCAAGGUGGUCAACUCGAGCGUGAAUUUUAAGGACGCUCUUGCGUACAACCCGAUUUCCUCCAUUCAAGAAGGCACCAAAGAGCACCUGGAAUGUUUUGGUGACAGCUUCAUCUCCGGCUUCCUUGAAGGCGGCGAGCUUAACGCUGUCGUCCUCAUCAAGGUGCUCAACGACGUCAAGAAGAGCGAUAUUCUUGCCGAAGCCAAGGUCGUCCUGACUACAGGAAUUGACGCUGAGGCGAACGGCAAUCUUGCUCUUGCCAAGCGCAACAUUGCUAUGAACACGGAGACGUCGAUACAGGUCAGCUGGGCAGGCGGUGCUUCCAUCAAGCCCUACGAUGAGGAGUGGACCAUUGACUCGCUGCUCGCUGCAGCCCAACGCUUUCCAUACCUGGCUUCUCAAUUCCCGCAAAGGACGCACGCGAUCCUGACUCGCUAUGAAAAUUUACGUUCUUAUGUAGCCAUGCGUCCUAAGACCGUCUCCAAGAUAGGCUACGAGAAUGCUGCCGUGUACACUGGCACGCUCAUGGACUGCUACCUUGAGUACAAGACGCUGUACAAGCGCAUUGGGACUGCCAUUCUGGAUGUACAAGCAGGCCGCAAGAGAUUCAAGGAGCCCAAAAGCCAGGAGAACGCUCCAGCACUUUCUAAAGCAGUCGAACUGCUCAACUUGCAACCAUUCGUGGACAGCCUUGAAGGUUUGGAAGAAGCGAAGACUCAAAUGCGCGCUCAAAUGGGCGCCAUCGUCAAAGAGGUUGAUCUGAUAACUAGGGAUCCGGCUGCUGCUACUAAAGAAAGGCCUCCGAGCUUCGUUGGGCCCGCUUCGUUUGCCGCUCUCAUUCCGGCGGUCGAGUACAAAGUUCGCAAAUUGCGUUCUAAUCCUCUCUCAGGAGAGCUGAUUAACGAUAAAGUUACGGAGGAUGGUACCAAGGCGGCGCUCGGCAGCGCCGACAUCACUCCUCGUCUCUUCGAUCAGAGCAAGACGCAACUCAUUCUGUCCAAUUCCGAAGAGAUCAAGGUUGCCGAUCUUGAGCGUGACAAUGUCGAGCUUGCGGAGACAACUAGACUCACUGCACCAGUUGGCAGCACUACGGACGGGCAGCCCUUCUGCACCCUCGAUUACGACCUACCUGAGCCCAUCAUCACCGAGGUGUCCAUUGGUAUCCUUGGCGAUUGCCUACAGUGCCUCUCGUGUACCUAUCUCGACGGACUGACAGUCAAUAUCGGUGGCGAUAUCGAAGAUUAUCCUAUUUCGAAAGACGGCGAGCCUCCUCAUCAACAGGAGACAACUAUUGAAGACGGGGAGUCGGAAGAAGACUACCUCAAGAGACGCGAUGCCGCGAAAGCCGAAAAGCCAUGGCGCAAGGUGCUCAAAGGCCUCGGCUACGGAGAGUUGAUCACUUCUGCACGCAUCGAAGUGGACGCCGACCAUGGAGAGACCGUGCAAAGCGUCGUAGGUCUUUAUCUGGUUACCAAUAAGGGUCGAUCCAUUCAGUGGGCGUACACCGGCGAAAGGAGUAGUCUAUACGACAUGCAGCAGUUCGAAAAGCCGAUCUGCGAUGGAUACGUCUCUGGCUUCUGGGGCCGGUCCACAGAGACGCAAGGCAACUGCGCUUCUGGCAUUGACCGACUCGGACUAGUUUGGACUCAAGCCAUUUCGAAGAGCACAGUCUUCGAUGAAGAGAACACCAUACCAUGCCUGAGUAGCAGUGUCAACGGGGAGUCGAUGCCGAUUGCGCUGAAUGCAAAGACCUCAAAGCUUGUCAAAUUCGAUCGUCACCUCCCUGGCAUCCCUCAAUUGAUCUACGCUCCUUCGACGUUAGCACUAGGGGCCGAGAGCCCUCCUUCCUUCAACCUGUCGGCCAAAGCUGGCGUAGACGGCUUCACGCUGGAUCAUAACGCUCAACCUACAGGCACAGCCGCUACGAAAUCAUCAGCUGCUAGCUGGAUGGUCUUGCCAGAAAUCGACGUAAUGCACAUCCAGGCAGGAAGUGUCCAUUUCGAGGCUGAAGACAUCCAAUCCCCUAUUGCCUCCAAGACUGUCAAGUUCGAGCUUCCCUUCAAAGCCGGUAGCAAGCCAAAGAUCGUUUGUUGGAUCAUCGACUACGCUGCGACAUCAACAGACUACACCCUUAAGGCGUUUGCCUCCGAAGAGUCCGCCUCGAGUUUCAGACUCUCCGCUGGCACUGACACUGCGAGCUCGAGCUUCAAGUCCAUGACCAUUGGCUGGCUAGCACACGAUGAAGGCGGCGUGAAAGAAGAGCCAGUACAACCAAAAGAGCAGUCAAAGGAUGCCGCUGCUCAGCCAGCCUCGACUUCUGCUGGUGCAACCAGCGCAGAGAGAGCUGAUGCAGCAGGGGCCAAGCCUGCUGAGCAGAAGCCAACAGAGAAGCAAGAAGCAAAGGUCAAAGACUCAUACAAAACGACCAAUGCGCUCUUUUAUUCGCACUCGAAGCAGGUGCAAUUGACCAGCGCCAAGCAAUCUCUGGAGCUAGUCAUGCCUGCCAAGUUCGUUCGCAAGCCGCGCAAGACUUUUGUGGCUUUCAACGAGAUCCAUGGCUCCGCGUCUGGCCCGACAUUCCGAGCUUGCAACGCUACAGCCGUGUCCAACGAUACUGUCAAGCUCGACUUUGAGGCGGAACAGAAGGGCCUCACCGUCGGAGUCGUCUUCAUCGCUGCUCUCUAA